AUGUUAUACCCGGAACCGACCCGGACCCGACGGGCACCAAAAUAUACGCCACAACAACUCGAACAAAUACCAGGAAAGUGCCGAAAAUUACGUCGAAAAAUUACAGAUCCCAAAACAUUCCUCAUCAUGGGCGAUGAAAAAUACUUUUCAUUUUCUGGUGAUAAUAUGCCUAGCAAUGCUGGAUUUUGGUCUGGCGACAAAGAACAUGUAUCACCCGAAGUGAAUUUUAAAUCCAAACAAAAAUUCGCACCUAAAAUAUUAGUAUGGUUGGGAAUAUCUAGCAAAGGUAUCUCAGCACCAUACAUUGGAACUACGAAAGGUCCAGCUGUCAAUGGCGAUAUAUAUAUUAAAAAAUGCUUACCAAAACUAUUGACAUUUAUCUAUGAACAUCAUCAAGAUGAUAAAUAUGUAUUUUGGCCUGAUCUCGCCAGCUCACAUUAUGCCAAGAAGACAAUCGAAUGGCUCAAUGAACAGAACGUACCUUUUGUACCGAGAGCGGCUAACCCGCCGAAUGUUCCCAAGACAAGACCAAUCGAGGACUUUUGGUCAAUAUUGGCUGAUCAGGUGUACAAUGGAGGUUGGGAGACUACGAAUCAGAAAUAA